AUGUGCGAGGUGAGCGAGGACUACCGGGAGCCCGCGCCCGUGGGGCCGCCGCCGCCACGGCCCGGCCGUGAGCAGAAAUGUGUGAAGUGCAAGGAAGGCCUGCCUGUUGUGGUGAUCCGAGCCGGAGAUGCUUUCUGCAGGGACUGUUUCAAGGCCUUUUACGUCCACAAGUUCAGAGCCGUGCUUGGAAAGAACCGGCUGAUCUUCCCGGGGGAGAAGGUGCUCCUGGCGUGGUCCGGGGGGCCUUCGUCCAGCUCCAUGCUCUGGCAGGUCCUUGAGGGCCUGAGUCAAGAUUCUGCCAAGAGACUGCGUUUCGUGCCAGGGGUUGUCUACACCGAUGAGGGAGCAGCCUGUGGCCAGAGCCCAGAGGACAGAGAAAAAACCCUGGCCGAGGCGAAGCUGGUCCUGCAGACCCUCGGCUUCCCGUGGCACAUCGUUGCCUUGGAAGAGGUGUUCAGCCUGCUGCCGUCUGUGCUGCGCUGCUCUGCCCGGGAGCCGGUGGGGACCGAGGGAGCCUACAAGGCGGCCGUGGACAGUUUCCUGCGGCAGCAGCAUGCCCUGGGGGAGGACAAGCAGAGCCAGCCCUGCCCCCAGCACCCCCAGGGCCGGGCUGGGCCACCCACAGCCAGCCAGACUGAGGCUCUGUCCAGGCUGUUCAACUCAGUGAAGACGCUGACGGCCAAGGAGGAGCUUCUGCAGACGCUGCGGACCCACUUGAUCCUGCAUGUGGCCCGGACCCACGGCUACUCCAAGGUGAUGACGGGGGACAGCUGCACCCGCCUGGUCGUCAAGCUCAUGACCAGCCUGGCACUGGGGAGAGGGGCCUUCCUCGCCUGGGACACGGGCUUCUCAGACGAGCGACACGGCGACGUGGUGGUGGUGCGGCCCAUGCGCGAGCACACGCUGAAGGAGGUCGCCUUCUACAACCGCCUGUUUGCCGUCCCCUCCGUCUUCACACCGGCCGUCGACACCAAGGCCCCCGAAAAGGCCAGCAUCCACCGGCUGAUGGAGGCCUUCAUUCUCAGGCUGCAGGCCCAGUUCCCCUCAACGGUCAGCACCGUGUACAGGACGAGCGAGAAGUUGGUCAAGGCGCCCAGGGAUGGCUGUGCUGCUGGCCCCCCCAGCCCCCGCUGCCUGCUCUGUAUGUGCGUACUGGACGUCGACACUGCUGACAGUGCCACGGCUUUUGGGGCCCAGACCUCCUCGCAGCUCCCCCAGACGCAGCCCUCCGUCGCAGAGGCUGAGGCGCCCACCGUGUCCUGCUGCUGCACCGGGAUGGGCAGGGCCCAGCAAUGCUGCAGGAUGGAGGAGGACGACCCCCGCGCCCGUGUGAUUGAGCAGCUGUGCUAUGGCUGCCGUGUGAAUAUGAAGGACUUGCCCUCCCUGGACCUCCUGCCACCCUACAUCCUGGCCGAGGCCCAGCUCCGCAGCCAGAGGGCCGAGGCUGAGCAAGAGAUCCAGGAGUGUCUGCUGGAGGCCCACGAGGACGGGGCACGGCCUGGCGCGAGCUGA